GCUUCCCAUUAGCAACCGUCAUUUUUAUUUUUCGCCGGCCAUUGUGGUUGUCGUUUGUCAUUUCGGUCUAUCGUCGUGUGUAAAUUUUUACGGAAUAAUGGCUGGUGGUAAAGCAGGAAAGGACAGCGGCAAAGCCAAAGCCAAGGCGGUUUCACGUUCGGCCCGUGCCGGAUUACAGUUUCCUGUGGGCAGAAUCCAUAGGCAUCUUAAAAACCGCACUACCAGCCAUGGAAGGGUCGGUGCUACUGCUGCAGUCUACUCGGCAGCUAUUCUGGAAUACCUUACAGCUGAGGUACUUGAGUUGGCAGGUAAUGCCAGUAAAGAUUUAAAAGUGAAGAGAAUCACCCCUCGCCAUCUACAGUUGGCGAUCAGAGGAGACGAAGAAUUGGACAGCUUAAUCAAGGCUACCAUCGCGGGUGGUGGUGUAAUUCCGCACAUCCACAAAUCCUUGAUCGGCAAGAAAGGGGCCGGCCACUCGCAGCCAGCAUAAAUAGACCAUCCAUUGAAAAAUAGACUUAAUUUAGAUUUAAAAUGUUAGUAGUUAAGGAGCAUUAUUUUUUAAGUGUGGAUGUUUUUUUUUGAGGAUGGCCCCCUAGCUGUAUGACUUAUGCGACUAAAUUCUGAUGAGAUACAUACAUACACUAGAAAUAAUUUCUAAAAGAAAACUUAUUUUUUUAAAUAAUGAAUUUGUAAUUUCACAUUUUGAUUAUGUUAGUUGACAAAGGUUGACAAAGUUGUACAUGUUUAUGAAGUUUCUUGUGUGCCUUGUACAAUUUAUAAUUUAGUUUUUUUUUUGAUAAUUUCAUUUAGAUACUUUUAUUCAAUGUAAAAAUCUGUGUUCAUUACAAUAAAGAUUUUUUAUAAAAUAAUAUG